UUGAGGAAAAUAGGAGGUGGAGGAUUUGGAGAAAUUUACGAUGCACUGGACUUGCUUACUCGGGAAAAUGUUGCACUAAAGGUCGAAUCAGCUCAGCAGCCAAAGCAAGUACUGAAAAUGGAAGUAGCUGUGUUGAAAAAGCUGCAAGGAAAAGAUCAUGUCUGUAGAUUCAUCGGAUGUGGACGCAAUGACAGAUUUAACUAUGUGGUCAUGCAGUUGCAGGGUCGGAACUUGGCAGACCUGCGUCGGAGCCAAUCUCGAGGGACAUUCACCAUUAGUACCACUCUGCGGCUUGGGAAGCAGAUUUUGGAAUCUAUUGAAAGUAUUCAUUCUGUGGGAUUCCUGCACAGGGACAUAAAACCAUCAAACUUCGCAAUGGGACGUUUUCCUAGCACCUGUAGGAAGUGUUAUAUGCUGGAUUUUGGCUUGGCACGGCAAUUUACCAACUCAUGUGGGGAUGUCAGACCACCACGAGCUGUCGCUGGUUUUCGAGGAACAGUACGAUAUGCAUCAAUCAAUGCUCAUAGAAACAGAGAAAUGGGUCGGCAUGAUGAUCUUUGGUCUCUAUUCUACAUGUUGGUGGAAUUUGUGGUUGGGCAACUGCCUUGGAGAAAAAUAAAAGAUAAGGAGCAAGUGGGCUCCAUUAAAGAAAGGUACGAACACAGACUUAUGUUGAAACAUCUUCCUCAAGAAUUUAACGUCUUUCUGGAUCACAUUUCUAAUUUAGAUUACUUUACAAAGCCUGAUUACCAGCUUCUCAUGUCUGUGUUUGAGAAUAGCAUGAAGACAUUUGGGGUUGUUGAAAGUGACCCAUUUGACUGGGAGAAGAGUGGAACUGAUGGGUCUCUGACGACAACAACAACCUCGACCACACCUCAGUUACACACUCGUCUUACACCAGCUGCAAUUGGAAUUGCCAAUGCCACUCCUAUCCCAGGAGAUUUGCUGCGGGAAAAUACAGAUGAAGUGUUUCCUGAUGAACAACUCAGUGAUGGAGAGAAUGGUAUUCCAGUUGGUGUUUCACCAGAGAAACUACCUGGAUCCCCUGGCCGUCAGCGUCCUCAGGAAAAAGAUGUUUGGGAAGAAAUGGAUGCAAACAGAAACAAAAUAAAACUAGGGAUCUGUAAGGCUGCCACAGAGGAAGAAAACAGCCAUGGGCCAGUGAAUGGAAUUCUUAAUGCGCCGAGUCUCGGUUCUCCAAUUCGUGUUCGCUCGGAGACCACCCAGUUAGACAGGGAUGUUCCACUGGUGCGAAAGUUGCGUUCAAUUCACAGCUUUGAACUGGAGAAGCGCAUGACAUUGGAAUCAAAGCCAGACACUGAUAAGUUUCUUGAGACUUGUUUGGAGAAGAGGCAGAAAGACUUGAAUGCUGCAACAGAGACUCCUGCUGCUGUUCCUCCUGUUUCUCAGAAAACACCCCUUCCUGCUCCUGUGACUGCUCGCAUGGACCACGUUUGGCAUUAUGAUGAAGAAUAUCUUCCAGAUGCUUCAAAGCCUGGGUCAGCUAUUUCUCCAGACCAUGCUGAUGGUGUCAUGAGCAAUGGAUUUGUAGCUGUUAACUUAAGCUCCUGCAGGCAGGAGGUUGAUUCUAAGGAAUGGGUGAUAAUAGAUAAGGAACGAGACUUACAAGACUUCAGGACAAAUGAGGCUUUAGGGCACAAAAUGACUGGAAGUCCCUCAGAUGAAGAACCAGAGGUACUACAAGUUCUAGAGGAGUCCCCUCGAGAAGAGCAAUCCAGACAGGGUGGGUGGGCAGGAAACAAUGUCAAUGGCAAGAACCAAACUUCAGGGGUGGAGUUUGUUCUAGACAUGGAGUGUCAUCCUGCUGCUUCUGAACAGCUUACAGAUAAGUUGGAACUUCUGUCUGGAGCUGCUGGACAGCUUCUUGCGGCCACCCCUACAAGUCCUAUGGAAGCUCAAGCAGAAGGAGCACUCACUCCGCUCAACUCAUGUCAUAUGCUGCAUUUCUCCACUCCAAGAAUUUCAAGUCCCAUCCUCCGCACCAUGAGCCCUAUAGCCUAUCUGUCCUUCCACUCGGACCCUCUGAAAGAGGCUGGUUUACCGAGGAGUCAAUCAGCUGAGAGCCACUCCUCUUCCUCCCGCUCAACCGGUCGUAGGCAGCUUCCUGUCAUUCCUUGUGGCAACAAGGUCCCCUCUGUCAUUCGCAUCUCAAAAGCACAACUUGAGCAGAUAACAAUACCCAGGCCUUCAGUGGCAUCCACACAGUCUGCUUCAGAGAGCUUUCACUAUGGCCACCAGCUGGAGAGAAGAGAACAGGAUGGUCAGUCUGCGGAACACACUGUGGAACUUUCCUCUCCAAAAGAAAGUUUGCCAGGUGUGGUUGUGACAGAAGAUGAAAUUCCAGCUAGUGCCAGCAGACCAGAUUUGGUACUUAAUAUCAGCCAACAGGUGCUUGAUAGAGAAGGACUUGUCAAAGAAAGUGUCGAUGUCCUGGACUGUGGCCAAAAGGACCUACCUGAACAACACAGUGGGAUACAUGAAGAGAAUGAACUUGAAAAUGUUCCUGUAGAGGAGACCGAGGAAGAAAGGCUUCCAGUGGUUUCUGAGGAUGCCAUUGAAAUGUUAAGCAAAGAGCAGAAUUCUUCUUUGCCAGGAAACUCAAAAUCUGCGGAGGAAGAACCUCUAACAAAUACUGAAGCUGCUGAAGAAUCAAAGCCAAGGCCUGUCUGUUUGGUGCCAAAUCAAGAUGAGAGUCUGAAGUCAGUAGCACCUAAAGCAUCAGAACUGUCUCCCUCAAGAGUUACUAACGCACAUGUUAAUAAACAGGCAAACAAAAUAGCAACUGUUCAGGAAAAUGGUUUUCAUUCUGAUAAGGAAGAAGUCCAUAGCCAAGACUUGAAAUGCCACCAAGUGGCCCUUACUACUUUUUUGCAGCAGGAGAACAAAAAAGAGAAAAAUUCUCCCAGAAAUGGAGAGUUAUUCCACUGCAUUUCAGAAAAUGAGAAUUCUUACCGAUCCAAGAAGGACUCGGUUAAGUCUCCUUUUGUAUUCAGGCAGAGCCGAAUCCCAGUUUUAGCACAAGAGAUAGACUCAAUGUCAGAUUCCUCUUCUGUUUCAGCAAAGGAAAAGCUUCUUCUAAAAAAGGCCCAUCAGACAGACUUGGUGAAAUUACUUAUGGAAAAGAGACAGCUCAAAUCUUUCCUUGGUGACCUCUCAAGUGCCUCUGAUAAGUCACUGGAGGAAAAAAUGGCUGCUGCUCCAGUACCAUUUUCUGAGGAUGAUGUCUUAGCUUCAUUUUCUAGAUUGACACUGGACUCUCAUUUCAGCAAGCAGAAUGAAGAUAGCUCUUUAUCUCCAAGCAGUCCUCAGUCCAGAAAAAGCAAGAUUCCAAGGCCAGUGUCCUGGGCAACCACCGAUCAAGUCACUGGUUCAAGUUCAGCUCAGUUCUUUCCUCGGCCACCACCCGGAAAACCGCCUACUAGACCUGGGGUAGAAGCUAGGUUACGCAGAUACAGAGUCCUAGGGAGUAGCAGCUCGGACUCAGAUCUUAUCUCCCGUCUGGCUCAAAUCCUACAGAAUGGAUCUCAAAGACCAAGGAGUUCUACCCAGUCUAAGAGUCCAGGAUCUCCACAUAGUCCAAAAACACCACCCAAGAGCCCUGUCAUCCCCCGACGCAGUCCCAGUGCCUCCCCUAGGAGCUCUUCUUUGCCCCGUACUGCCAGUUCUUCUCCGUCCCGGGCUGGGAGAUCCCAUCAUGAUCAGAGGAGUUCAUCCCCGCAUCUUGGGAGGAGUAAAUCACCUCCUAGCCAUUCAGGCUCCUCAUCUUCUAGGAGGUCUUGCCAACAAGAGCACUGCUGCAACAAACCAAGCAAGAAUGGUCUUAAAGGGUCUGGCAGUUCCUUCCACCAUUCCCCAAAUACUAAGACUCCCACAGGAAAGAGCAAAUCAACCACUAAGCUUAGCAGAUAGGAACUGGGCCUCAACAGGUAUAAAGUCUCCUCCUAAAUCUGAUGCAUGUUGUGUCUGUGUACUGUGUAUUAAAAAAAAAAAAAUCAAAAAAAGUGUAUUAAAAAAAAGGUGUUGAAUCUGCACAUUUUAAAGAAAGUAAGCAUUGUAAACUAUUCAUAAGAAAUCAUUCUGUGUAAAUAAGUGGCCAGGCUUUACCUAAGAGCAGGCAGCAAGCAGAUCGACAAGAGGGGAAGUAGAGACCAGGAAAAGAAUGACUAGAUAGUCGAAGAGGUGCAAUGUGUUUAGAGUAAAAAAGUAUCUCUAAGGUGAGUGUUUUAAAGGGAUAUUUAUCUUGAUGUUUUUUGUUUACCUAGUUAGAAGAUUUGGCCUAAUUAUUUAAGGCCUUACAUACACAGGAGUAUGUAAGAAAACCUGAAAUGAUUAUUCCCAAAAUGAUGUCACCACUCGGGAGAUAAGUUCUGCUCAAGCUUGGCUUCGCAGUUUUAAAAAAGCACACAGAAGAUGAUGGUUUUUGUACCUUAUAAAUUUCUUUCAUUUUGAGCUGCACUUCUCUCUUGAGUCACUCAGUGCUCAUCUUAGCCCCUAUCUAUCAUGGCACAGAUUUUUUUUGCCUAGGGAAGUAUCAUAUACCUUGUCCCUUCUUAGCACCAACGACAUUAAAAAAAUUACUAAAUUUGCCAAGAUGUUUUUGUAUCUGUAUUAUUUAGAAAUUUAGUAGUAAUCAGGAUCCAAGAAGCAAAUUCAAAGUUCUACAACAUACAUUUCUUUGGGAGUCAUAGUGGAGUUUGGUAGAAUUUGGAAAAGCAUUCCUGUCCAGGAAAUGAGAGAAAAGAGAUGUAUGCACUUCACUGGAUGUUGCAGAUUUACAAGAAAAUGCAAUGUAAGUUCGAAAAUAAUUAGAAAAUGGAAGUACCUAUUUUUCUGCCUUUAAUUCAGCUGAAAAAAAUAACCUCUCUUUUUGCUAGCUUUUGUUUUUCCAUUAGUUAUGGAUCACCUAAACCACAGAUCCUGCCGUGCAAAGACAACUACCAACCAAGAUUUGGUUUUUUUGAUAAUUUAUUUUCUAAAAUCAUGAAAGAAGAAACAGAGAUGAGGAGAUUGUCUACUUUGUGAACUUGGUAGGUUAUAGGUGACAGAAAUAUACUUAACACCCUUACAAAAUCUAGUCAAGAAUAUUACUCAUCAAAGCAAAAUAGAAAGAAAUCUGAAAUACUUUCUGUGUUGGAUUCUCGUAAUUUUUUUGCCCAAAUGUUGUUUUGAUCAAGCUUUGUUGACACUCAGUGAAGUCCAUAGUGUGUAAUUCCUCCAACUUUAUUUG